GGCCUACUGUAAUGUCCCCCCGCGCCUGGCUGUCAGGGCGAUGCGGACAAUCCCCCCAAGCUGCUUUCGGGCUUGUCACUGACUUGAGUGGGGCGUCGAUCCCGUCAUCAUGCAUUCAUUAAACUUUGGCCUUCUUUUUUCCUUCCAACUCCUUUUGACGCUUGACGCGGUCCACGGCAAUAUCGGAUUGCCAGCCAGAUUCUUCUUUCUACCUAUCACUUCAUAUUGAUUUUUUGUGUCCGCUCGCUCCACCAUCCUUCGGCGAUAUCGUCAGUAGCGCUACCGAAUCUCUUCAACAAUCGGAUUCGCGGCUCACCAGGGGAUCCAAUCCUGCCAACUUUAGAGUACCUCGUGUUUAGUGACCGUCCUUCCCCCCUGUGGUCCGGUGAGGACGAAAAAGCGCACACCCCCCUCCUUUGACCGUGUCCGGAGGUAAAGGUUACCAAAAGGAGCUUGGACUGCGAUAUUAGUGCCCAGCCUUGUCCUUGGCCUACGAACGGACUUGGCAUAUCGUCGCUACAUAUCCCUUGUCGACCAACCACAGCUCACGCGGGCAUAUCCCUAUGCGAGCGGCGUUACCCGCAGUCCUGCUUCUCGACUGGAGCUUUGCCAUGUCCAUCAUGGCAGGAAACCGAUAUAUUUUUGGUGGUGACAAACCAUGGGAUGAGGCCGGGUUCACCGCCGUCGAUGAUCGUGUCCGCGGAGGCAGUUCAGUCUCCCACUUAAUCGUCAACGCCGACCGCACGGCUGCCACCUUCAACGGCACCCUCGACACCAAGACCCUUGGUGGCGCGGGCUUUGCUUCCCAGCGCACUGUUGACCCCUUCCUAGUUGAUCUGACCGGCGUUGGUGCCCUGAUUGCAGAUGUCGUGGUUCCUGCCGACAACAAGACGUACACUCUUACGCUAAAAAACGACAUUCUGCCUACCGGACCGGAUGGUCGGGAGCAGAGCACCGUCAGUUGGGAAUAUGACUUUGUCGCGCUGGGCGAUGGCGACAAGGAGGGUGAGACGAAGCAGGUGAAGAUGCCGAUUGAUCAGUUCAAGCCCACCUACAGAGGCCGUCCGGCAGAGGAUGCGAAACUGGAUCUGGCCAACAUCAAGCGGAUCUCCUUCAUGAUGAGAAGCUUUUUUGAAAAGCAGGAUGGCGACUUCAGCCUGACCAUCAAGUCACUCGCUGUUUCCCAAUCCGUACAGAGUGAGAGUCCUGCUCGAAUUAGCGAGGCCAUCUCGGACGAUGGCGACUCGAAAGGUCAGGCGAACCAAGCCCUGUCCGCGGAGAAAGAGGUGCCGAUCUGGCGCCGUUGGCUAUGCAACUGGUAGAAAAGUCCUACACGAUGGGCUGGGGCAUCACUCAAAAGUAGUGUUUGUGUGGCGUUUGUAGUUAGUUGCCCAGCCAGACACGAGCAAGCACAUAGUUUCAAAGUGAAAACGGAAUGAGAAUUCUCAACUCUCCUUGGGUUUGGUUACGGUAGAGUAACAACCGGCAACGGUUUCUAAACGACUUUCAGGUCGGAAAUGACGCCUAAUGAAACAAGUUUAUCUGGGUA